AUGCUUGUUGAUCUUCAUGUUUAUAUAAUACCAAAAAAAAUUUGGAAAAAUCGUCAAAAUUUAGCUGAAAAUGAAGUAAUAAAACAAGCUGUAUCAGCAGGUUUUGUUCAUGUUCCUGAAAGUUUGACUAUUCAUGAGCUUCGUCAAUAUAUUAUUAAUAUUUGUGGUGAAGAAGAAAAUUUUCCCAAAGAAUUUAAUUAUCUUCGAAGUGUUGGUCGAUGUUUAACUAAGGUUAAAACUCAUCAAGAAAAAGAAUUAAAAGUCAAAAACUAUCGACCACCAAUGGUUUGUAUAUUAUUACAUAUUUUAAUUAUAUCACGAAAUUUUAUUCAUUUUAAUCUUUGUAGUUUAAAGGCACUAAAAGGAACAGUAUUUGCACCUGAAAUUUAUAUACUCGGAAAACAUGAUGAUGAUGAUGAAGAAUAUAAAAAAGAUGAUUUAGUACGAGAAUCAACGAUGAGUGCAUCAAUAAUGAGUUCACCAAAUUGGAUAAAACCAAUGGAUGAACCAUCAUUACUUCAUCCAUUAUUUAAUCAUAAUCAUAUACAACAAAUUUCAUCAGUUACUCCUACAUUAUCGAAUAAAAGACAUUCGAUACGAUCAAAUGAAUCAAAUAUACAAAAUUCAGCUAAAUUACGUGAAGAACAAGAACGUCUUUAUUUAUUACAAAAAGAAUUAGCUCGAAAACGUCAUGAAUUAGAAGAUCAACAUAAAAAAGAAAAAGCAGCUAUUAAAAUUCAAACUGCUUUUCGAAAUUAUCGCCAUCGUCAUCAUAUAAAACAACAACAACAACAAGAAGCUGAUGCUAUUGAAUAUGAACGUUCACAGAAAGAAAGACGAAAAUUAACUUAUAGAAAAUAUAACGACAACAAUAAAACAUAUGAUGUUACAAAAUCUUCAAAUCGUCUUGAAACAUUAAAAGCAAAACGUAUUGUAAUAGAAAACAAUCGUGUAUUAAUUGUUAAUCGAUUGAGAGAAUUACUUAAUGAAAUUACUAUUCGACGACGAGAAGAAACAGAUUUACGGAGACAAAAAUAUUUUAUUGAAAAAAAUCAAAUAACAACAUGGAACAAAAAAGAUGGCAUAACUUCAAAAAAUCCAGUGAAUCUUCAAAUUAAAUUUGAACAAACUGUACAUCGUUUGAAUGAUGCUACUAAACUUCGACAACAAGCUGAACAUGAAUGUCGUUUAUUACGACAAGAAUUACAACAAAUUAAUUCAACUUUGCACGCAUUAGAAAGAUAUUGA